AAACAGUUUCCACCCCUUUCCACUCAUACUUGGUAUCUCCCACUCCCCAUGAUGCAACACAGCAAAGGUAUAAAAAGGCUGACAAAAGUCCUUUCGGGUCUUUUACUCAGUUCAAGAUGGCCACCACUAUGUAUGCUGAUCCAGGUGAUGUAUGCUGGACACAGGUGGAGCUGCUCUGGUUCAAAGUGCUGCGCCGGUCUUUUCAGAAUGAGUGACCGCCUCCAGCGAGCCCUGACUCCGCCUUCCGCAGGGCUGCGUGUCGCUGAGCGGAGAGAGGCAGCGGCAGUGCGAGCUGCGCCGCGCGUCAGUGAGGGAGACAGACACCGUUCCUGCAUAUGCGGCCACCGGCACCUCACUGAAACACACCGACCAUGGACCUAUUCGAGUUUGACUUCUUCAGGGACUGGGAGCUGGAGCAGCAGUGUCAUUACGAGCAGGACCGCUCGGCACUGAAGAAGAAGGAGUGGGAGCGAAGGACACAGGAAGUGCAGCAAGAUGAAGACUUGUUCUCUACUGGAUUUAAUCUGUUUGGUGAGCCGUACAAGACUAACAAAGGAGAUGCCCUGGCUAACCGGGUCCAAAACACACUUGGAAAUUACGAUGAAAUGAAGGAACUCCUGACUAGCCAUUCCAACCAGAGUCACCUUGUCGGCAUUCCUAAGAACUCUGUUCCCCAGACUCCAGUGGAGAAACCCGACCAGCCAGGCUUUUUCCCUGAGGCUCAGCGGAGCCGAGCUGCUCCCUCCCAACCUGGAAGUCACAGCACCUCCAUGCCCCCACCCCCUGCCAACACCAUGCCGGGCUCUAGCGUUGUACAUGGACAUCAAGGCAAAAAGUCACGCUCUUCAGACUGGUCCCGAGGAGGUCACUGUUCAAGUGGUGCCCAGACCGCUCAACCGGUCAGCCGGGGGAAGCACUCCAGUCAUGAGCAGACCUCUAGUAGACAUGAUCAGGACCAAGAGGACUCGAUUCCCAAUCCUGAUGGACCUACAACUUCGUCACACUCCAACAGGAAGCAGGCACAGUCUGGCAAAGGACCAGCCACAGCAGAACUUGGCCUUGGAAAGUCUCCCGCUGAGCAGGACUUAUGCUCCCAUGGCUCGAACUCGCCAAUGGCCUCUACAUCCCUGAUUCCUAGCGGCCUCUUGACGCCGACAUUCCCCCAAGGCCUCCACUGCAAGCCCAGCAGUGCUGUGCAGCAGAAACCCACUGCCUACGUCAGGCCAAUGGACGGCCAAGACCAGGUCCCCAAUGAUUCCCCAGAGCUCAAACCCCCUGUGGAGCUGGUGGAAGGGUACAACAGUGUGCCAUUUGGAGGUCUGCUGGAUACCAAAAGCAGCACAGCUGGGACCAAGGGGAAAAUUCCUAAGCUGACACUGCCACAAUCCGGAGAGGUCAGCCUGUCCAACGACUCCAGCUGUGUGGAGGAAAUUCUGCGGGAUUCGCAGCAUGCGACCUCAGGAUACAACGGAAAACGCUGCAAUGUUUCCAGUAACAAGCCUGCAACCAAGUCGGUACCACAGAAGUCAAUGCUUGAGGAUGACCUGAAAAUCAGCAGUGAUGAAGAGGACAAUGAACAGGCCGCUGAGAAGCCCAAGCCCAGGAGCGCUCCUCUCAACCUCCCUGGAACCACCCAGCGGACCAGCGAACCGACCGGUCACUCCAGUGGCGCCUCGGGCAGUUCCAGUGAAUCGGAGAGCAGCUCUGAAUCCGACUCGGACAGCGACAGCAGUUCCAGUGACAGUGAGUGCAACCGAGCGUCCCGUGCUGCCACACCAGAGCCUGAACCUCCAUCAACAAACAAGUGGCAACUAGAUAAGUGGCUAAACAAAGUUAAUCCUCACAAUAAAGCACUAAUUAACAACCAGUCAGACAGUCAUGUGCUUAACAGCUCUCAACCUGAUGAAAGCCAAGCCUCAGAGAACCAGGGCUCCAGCAAGAGCAAGCCCAGCACAACACUGGCACCAGCAGACCCCAAGGAGAGAACGUUGCUCAAUCCUAUCCGAGAGAAAGCCAAACCCAAGACUGGUCAGAAGGCUCCAGACAGCAAAAGCACCAAGGUGAAAUCACCAGCCUCAGUGGAGCUAGCUCCCCAGAGGAGAAGCACUGGAAAGAAGCAGCCCAAAAAGGUGGAGCGAUCUUCCAGUAGCGAGGAGCACAACUGGCCAAGACCAUUAAACUCAAGUUCUACGCCGAAAGAGAAAGAGCCCCCGCCUUUAGAGCCGCCAAAACCUAGAGGCAAGGGCCCUGGGGUCAAGACGGCUCCAAGAAAAGAACCUCGGACCACCACAACAAACACUGCACCAACGAAUAUCACACCAGUUCCGGAAAAAAAGAAGCACCGAGGACCCAACAAGAUCAUCCCCAAGUCUAAGGAGUUCAUUGAGACAGAGUCUUCUUCAUCCGAGUGUCAUUCGGACCCUGAAGAGCUCACUAAGGUUCAGAUUCCCUGUCCCGGUCCCAACACCCUAAGCCUGAAAUCCAAGGAUUGCAACAGCAAUAUCCUGAAUGUUAGUAGCCUUACCAGCACAAGCAGCACCUCUAUUCCUGAUCCAGGUGCUUUGGAUCUCCUGGAAGAGUCCCUCUUUUCUCCCAUCCCCAUUGUACAAAAUGAACUUUUGUCACCACUAAGAGAGUUUGAGGACAUCAAGUCCCUUUGGGUUAAGAUUGAACUCAGCUUCCUGUCACGGAUCCCAGGGCAAGGCCCCCCGGAGCCUCCCCCAACCAAGGCCGAGUGUCGGGAGGUCAGUGUCAAGCACAGACGGCAACAGUCUCCUGCCUCUAUCCCUGCAGAAAAGAACUCUAGUAGAUCAAAGAGGAAACACAAGUCUGAGCACUGUGACGUGAUGAGUGGAGGCAAGAAGCUUCGGAUGGACAAAGAUGCACUGCUGCUUCCUCCUUGUAUCUCGCCCAUACACAACGACAAGAUCUCCAGCACAAAAGUUUCAUUGAAGAAGCAACCUCGCAAGCGGGAGGAUAAGCUGUUACCGCCUCUACUGUCGCCGCUGUCCGAUGAGCCGGUGGGCCGCCCACGGAGGAGCAGUGAAUGCAGCUCCCUCAGUCAGGAGGGAAACACCUCCACCGUCCCAAACUCCCUCCCCUCCACCCGCACAAUACCUGCCUCCACCUCUUCAUCAUCGUCCUCAUCACACAAACACCGCAAAGGAGAGAACAAAGCCCUCUCCCAUUCCAAGACCAGCACUGAGGAAGACAGUCGCAGCAAGCCGUCCAGCGGUUUUCACGGCAAUGGUCAGUCGGAGCCAGACCUCUGGUCAAACCCUUCAACCCUGUCCAUGGAGCACAUGGAGCCCAGGAGACCGAAACUCACAUUUAAUAACACUGUUCACAAUGCAGAUUACUACAUGCAGGAAGCCAAGAAGUUGAAACAUAAGGCAGAUGCUUUGAUGGACAAGUUUGGAAAAGCUGUGAAUUACGCCGAUGGAGCGCUCUCGUUCAUCGAAUGCGGCAACGCCAUGGAACGAGACCCGUUAGAGGCCAAGUCACCAUACACAAUGUAUUCAGAAACCGUAGAGCUCAUCAGGUACGCAAUGAGAUUAAAGAACUUCACAAGUCACUCUGCCACAAUAGCUGAGAAGAAGCUCGCUGUACUGUGCAAUCGUUGUUUGUCACUUCUGUACUUCCGAAUGUUCAAGCUGAAGAAAGAUCAUGCGAUGAAGUAUUCCCGCUCACUAAUGGAGUAUUUUAAGAAUUCUGCAAAAAGUUCCCAAGCACCUUCGCCGUGGGGAGCCAAUGGAAAGAGCACAGGUACCCCGUCUCCCAUGUCACUGAGUCCAUCUCCUGUCAGUUCGGUCAGCAGCGGCGCUGGAGUGAUGGGCUCUUCCUCUGCCUCUGGAAGUGUGGCCAUUCCCCAACGCAUCCACCACAUGGCAGCCAGUCAUGUCAACAUCACCAACAACAUCCUGCGCAGCUAUGAACACUGGGAAACCGCUGACAAGCUGGCCCAGGAAAGUCAAGAGUUCUUUCUGGAGCUGGACUCAGUAAUGGAACCGUUGACGCAGCACAGCAGCAUGACAGAACUGGUGCGCUACAUAGGCCAAGGACUGCACUGGCUUCGGCUUGAGGCCCAUUUGUUAUAGUGCUGGCGCUUCCACUGUGCUCUUCCUUUCUCUCUAUAUCUCUCUCUCUCACUCUCUUCCUCACCGUUCAUCACUACCUCCACCAUCUUUGCCAUCUACAACCCUCCAGAGCCCUGAGGGAAGUCAGCAGUUAACCACUAGCGAGCCUCAGAACUGUGAGUUAUUCCCUGGAGGGUGCCAUGUCCUCGUUCCAGCUUGAUUCCUGUAAAAGUGCGUCAGGAAAGUCUCAGGAUGUCAUAGAAGGACAGAGCGCUGCUGCAUCGCAUCACAGCACUAUGGGAGGCCAAAUGUAUGCAUCUGCUACAAGAACAGGAUCUGUGAUGGUAGCAGUGGGCAAGUUAACAAUGUUGUUGAGAAAAAAAUGCAGCUAGUAACCUCUGUGAUGUAGGCCAGGCAAAUCGAAUUCACUUUGUAAGGUAGGAUGGGCCAGAAACACACUUCACGCAAGUAUGCAAAGACAGGCAUGAAUGCAUAAUCAACAUAUUACAGGUGUGCAAUACACGUGAACAUUCUUACACCAUGUCUUAAGUCUCGCCAUGCCACAACAGCUUGAGGCUGUCUACACUGAACGUGACAA